AUGGUGCCGCGCGACCUGCUCGAGCGCAGCGAGGGCAAGGGCAUUGCAGACUUCGCACGCGAGUGGGAGGAGAGCCUGAAGGCUGCAGCAGUCGAUAGCGACAAGGCUGCGGGAGACAAGACCGAGGCUGCGCAGAGCGUGCCCGCUGCGAAAGCAGACGACGUCGUCGCGCUCGAGAAGACACCGGCAGGCGCUGCGCAAGGCUCAGACCCUGCUCCGGCCGAGAAGAAUGAGACAGAGGAGGACGAUGAAGAGGGAGAGGAGGAGAAUGAGGCCGAGACAAGCCAGCCGGUGGGCCAGGCAAGCUUCUUCGCAGCUGUGAGUGGCCGCGCGGAAGCCAGCGAUGACGAUGACGACCUCUCGGCUGCGCCGCGGAAAAGCAAGUCGAGCCGCAAGAAGAAGAAGAAGAAGGCUGCCGCCGCGCCAGCUGUCGAUACCCAAACGGAGGCUCAGCCCACUGAAGCUGAGCCCGCUGCGGCACCUGCAGAGGUGCAGCAGAGUGCACCUGCGGGAGAGGGAGCCAAGGGCGGCAAGCGCAAGAAGAAGCCCAGCAAGGCUGCAGGCAAAAAGACAACCGGCAAGGCAGAAGGCGCCAAGGACAUCGGCAGCAUGAGCAUGUCUGAGCUCUCCGAGCUGCUCGCCUCUCAGGCCGGCACAUCCGAGGCCAGCUCUUCGAAGGCAACUGAGUGCGACGCGGAGUUCGCCUCGGCACCUGCACCGACUGGUCCGAUCUCGGCACUGCGGCCGCUCCUGGCGCUCGCAGCACCCGCUCUGGAUCCCACCGUCGAGCUCAAGCGGCAGUUCGGCGCCGCCGCCAUCCGCGCGUACGAGGCCGAGCACGGCGGCACCAACGACGGCUCGGCGUCUGGGCUGGCGCGUGCCCGAGCGCAGGCGUGGAACUCGAAUGCUCGCGUGCGCAAUGUGCUCGUGCAGCCGGCCGACACAUGGCCGCCGAUUGCACGGACAUUCACUGGCAUCGAUAUGGAGCUGCACGAUGUCGAGGGACGGGGUCGCCUUGGAGCCUGGGUCCACAGCCGAGCCUACCGGCAAGCACAGCUUCAGUUCCUGCAGGCGGUCCAGUCAUACGACCCGAACCAGCUGAUGGCGCUCACGCGGCGCUAUCCGUGGCACAUUGACACGCUGCUCCAGCUCUCUGACGUCUCGCGGCAUCAAGGAGAUCUCGGUCAAGCGGGCGACUUCAACUCUCGCGCUCUCUUCGCCUACGAGCGGACAGCGCUGCCUGCCUUUACGGGCGCGCUCACGUCCGCGUCCGGCCCGCCGCAGCUCGACUUCGGCGGCGUGGAGAAUCGGGGCUUCUGGCUCGCAGCGCACCGGCACAUCAACUUCCUCGGCCGCCGCGGCACGUGGCGGACGGCGCUCGAGUGGGCCAAGCUCGUGCUCGGCCUUGAUGCGCCUGCCGAUCCCCACGCCAUCGUGCUGUGGCUCGACUUCCUCAGCAUCAAGGCGCGGCAGCACUCCUGGUUCUUGGAGAUGCUGCCGCGCCUCGACGCUGCGGUCGCUCGCGGCGUCGAGAACAGCGGCGCCAGUGUCCUCAGCGCCCGGACGCCGUUCGACGAGAAGGACAAGGCGCUCGUUGGCGAGACGCAGGGCGCACAGGGCGCGCUAGACUGGUGCGUCGGCAUCCAGUACGCACGCGCACUGGCUCUGCGCGCGCAGGAGAAGGAGGACGGCGACAAGACUGGCGAGCGAAGCACAGCAGCGCUGCGUCUGGCGAUCGCGCGGCAUCCCUGCCUGCUUCCGCUGCUCUUCGACAAGAUCGGCCUUGCCUUCUCGCCCGAGAUGCGGAGCCACGAGGUGUUCUCCGUGCCCGCGUCGCGCUGGUCCAACAAGACCGACACGCUCUCGCUGCUGCUGUCGAACGUCUACGUCUCACGCAGCGAGAGCCUGUGGCGCGAGGCGCCGACGUCAAAGUGGCUCAGCGAGACGCUCAACGAGGCAUGGCCUGUACUCAGAGACGGCGCGAAGAAGCUGCAGCCUGCCGUCGCAUCGCAGGAGCAGCGAAGGUCGGUCUAUCGCCACGUGCUCGUCUCGGAUCUUCCGGACGCUCUGCGGCAGACGCUCAUCGGCUUCUUCCCGCCUGCGGUCACUGGCGGUGGCGACUCGCUCGAUGCGUGGGACCCGCUCCCGCCGACCACAGAGGGCUCGACACGCUACGACGACGCCUACUUCCAGCCGCUGCAGAAGGAGAUGGAGCGGCAGCGCUCUCGCACUGCAGCUGCCGGCAUGCCGCCCGGCGGCAUCGGUGCUGCGCUGCAGAACCUCAUGGGCAUGCUGCGCGGCGUCAACGGCCUCGAGGAGUGGGGUGCGGCCAUGGAGAACAUGGACGACGAGGCACGCGAGGACCUCCUCGCCGAGCUGAUGCACAUGACUGCGGAGCAAAGACGCCAGCGCGGCGCGGACGAGGAGGAGCCGCCGGGCGGCUUCGGCCGCGUCGCGGAGCAGGAGGGCGGUGACGAGCAAGGCGGCGUGGUGGCGGCCUUCGCCAAUGCCCUGCGCGGCUGGUGGGGCCCCGGAGCUGAGCUGCCGGCUGACGGUGAGCAGGAGGGAGACGAGGACGAAGACGAGGAUGGCUUCGAGACGGACGAGGAGGAAGAGGCGCAAGCAUGA